GGACAAUAUGUUCAGGUUUUGGGGAAUACACACAAGUAUUCAAGACCAAGGACCCAAUCCUUAGAGGCAGUUACAUUGAAAAAACAAAGAUCAUCAGUCCAACAGAGUAUGACUUUCUAAACAUAUUAUCUCUGUUUGAGGAAGCCUCAGUUGAAGUGUGUGAUGUAAGAGAUGGAUGUAAAUUGGCAGGACAGGGAUAUGGAGUUGUUAAUAUUCACCCUGGACAAGUGCAGAAACAACUUCAUAUCACAGCUACAGGCUAUAAAGUUUUAAAAUCUCAAUCCUCACAUGCUUUUCUUCUUCGUCCUCCCCCUACUGCCUAUUUGUUGACAGCAGAAAUGAGGCACAGUCUCCAUGCUGCAAUGCACACAUACCUGGAGAACACCAAUGGUUCACACUACAUUGGCAUGAAAGAUCUUAAGAAUAAACAGCCCCCUAGCUACACACUUGGGGAAUUUUCAAUGAAUGAACAUCUACAUGGGCCUAGUGUAUGGCUCAGGGUGGGGGGACCAUUAGGCACCACAGACAUAGAUCUCUGUUUCUGUAUUCAGAAAACCCAAGGAUCUGUAUUGGUACCUUUAGACCCAGGUGGUUGUAUUGAGUGCCCUAAAGGAAUCCACUGGACUGAAUCAAUAGUGCAGACUCCACACCAAGCACCUGAUUGCCAGUUACACAUACCUACUGGACAUCAUAAACAGCUUUUUCUUGUAUUGAAAUACAUUUCCCAUCUGUUUAAUAAGAUCCACUGGCAUGUCUACCAUAAGCACCCAUAUGAUGGUCUCAUCUCAUCCUACUCAUAUAAACUGCUCAUCAUGCAUCAUCAGAAAAGUUGCACAGGAUCUGACUUUAAUGUAGGAAGAUGUUUGGAGGAUGUAGUAGAAUACAUAUUCAAUCAAUUUGGAGGAGACGAUGAUAAUGAUUCAUAUCAAUACAUGAUAAGAUAUUUUUAUAAGGAAACGUAUCUACCAGAUACAGAUUACCCGAUAGACAGGUGAGGAUAUUGAACGCUGCCUACAAACAUGUGGAACUGACUGUACUACUGUGGGUGUUGAAACAUGUCAAACACAGCAGUGACACACAAUGGUGGCAGAAACUACUAGAUGAUGAUUUCCCAAACAAUGUCCCAAGUAGUUACUUCCAAAACAAUGUGUUUGAUGGAGCUGAAAUAUUGGAAUCUACAACAUGGUGGCAGAAACUACAUGAUGAUUUCCCAAACAAUGCCCCAAGUAGUUACUUCCAAAACAAUGUGUUUGAUGUAGCUGAUAUAUUGGAAUCUACAACAUGGUGGCAGAAACUACUACAUGACGAUUUCUCAAACAAUUUCUCAAGUGGUGAUGUUUUACUAACUUCCUUGUUAGAGUUAGUCAAACAUGUGUGGGAUGCAUGGCUAAAGACAGAGCCACCCAAGCCCCUAGUUUGGCAGCAUGAGGAUGGCACAAGGACACAUCUCACCAUAACCAAUUGUUAAAAUAUCUAAUAUUACCAGAUUAUUGAAUUGAAUAAAACUAGGAGACUACAA